GCUUUCAACCUCGCUGGGGGCAUCUCCUUCGUACCGACCUUCAAUGGCACCGUCGGACUCCACGUGGUCGUUACCACAGGCAUCGUCGGCCCCAAUGUUAGCGACCUAGCCGUCGCAACAGAUCGGCAUGUCUGUCCGGACUGGCGAUGGAGCCUGUGUGCAGUUGGUGUAGCGCUGGGGCCGCUGGGCUUUCUCGCAGACCCGUGCUGGCGAUUCGUGGGCCGCGCCACGGGCGCCCCGGACCCAAAACAUUCCUUGGGAGCUGGCACCGUCCGGGCCCGGGCACCGCAACGGAGGCCCUCGAAGCGGAUCGGCUCCCGACGCGGCCCACGCGGCAGUCGUGCGCCUGGGCCCAGAUGGCCGAAGAGGGAAGCUCCGAACGCUGCUGCGGAAGCAAGGAGAUGUGCUCCAGCAGCCCCUGCCUUCGUGCCAGGGCUCGUGCGCCCGGAGGUAAUUUAUGUUGAGACGCUUAUGGCAUCAGAGGAUGUGUUUCUAGUAAACCGUGACUCGAACCUCGAGGAGGUCGCGCGUUGGAUUCGAAACGGAGGUCACGCGCUAGUGGUCGAUCACUGGCGUGAUUUGGAAAGAUGUCGGGCUGCUAUCCUCAAGCCACUCAAGAAAGCUGCUGCAAGCGCAAAGGAAGCGGAAAGACAGCGCACUCUGAAAAAGCAACUAUCGGAUCGACUGCUGGGUCAGGUGGUUGAGGGGCGCAUCGCUCUGCAAGGUGCUCCCCGUGCUGACUUCUUGAGGUACGGUGAUCUCUUUUCAACCGGGCGCCAGUUUGCGUUGCCGUCGGGCGUGCUGAUGGGGCUGGCCAAUGCCUGGCAGUAUUUCGAAGGAGGUGUGCGAUUCCCUUUCCUUGCGCCGCCGGUGCUUACUGGACCAGUGCGGCCCUUCUAUGGCGUUUACGCCUACCCCCAUCCUGUGACACACUUCGACAUGCUGAUCGAGUGGCUACGGAACUCCAGCGAUAGCCGCACUUUACAAAGUGCUUUAGAUGUCGGUACAGGCUGUGGCGUGGUGGCUUUGAUGCUCCGACGAAUCGCUGGGAUUCCAGAUGUGGUUGCUACUGACGUGAGUCCCAAUGCCGUGUAUGGCGCAAGGGAAGAACUGAAGCGUCAGGGCCUUGAUGAUGUCGAGGUUCUGUGUUCGGAUCUUUUCACAGGCAUGGAUCGCAAGUUUGACCUGGUUGUGUUUAACCCACCUUGGCUACCGCUGCCCCAGCCUACUGCAAACGAGCCUCCCAGGACUGUUCUGGACUUAGGCAAUUUUUAUUCCCCGGACCUUUUCCGGCGCUUCUUCGACGGCUUACCCAAAGUGCUCAAUUCCGACGGUCGGGCCGUGCUUCUUUUCUCCAACCACGCAACCAUCCGCGGAUAUGUGGACCAGCACCCCUUCAAGGCAGUGAUGGACUGUGGCGAUCUCCGAGUUGAGAAGGUUCUCUCGCGAGACUUCGACGUCGAAGGGAGGCGGAGACGAACAGGACGGCCACAGGUCAAGCCCAGCCUGGAACCGGCUGCAGAGCUUUGGGCCUUCGUCGUUUCGGAGCCGCUACAAGUGCCCGUUCUGCCGGGCCACGUGCCGCUGUUCUCAGCCAAGGCACACCUCGCGGACCACCAGAAGCAGAUGGCCACGGCGGUGCUGAGCAUCGGCCGCCUCUUCUCUGCUGAGGCGCAGGCUUUGAUGGCCCGCAGCCUGGUUCAGCGGAUCGUUUCACACCUGCGUCAGCCUCCAGGUGCGGAUGUCGACUCACAGCAAGCCUGGGAUGCCCUGGAUGCCCUGAAGCAGCUUGGAUCAUGCUUCUGGUCCUCAUUGAUCAUUGAUCGUCUUAUACGUGAGGGGUCCCUGCAAGUAAAACUGGAGGACUAUGCAGAUUGCACACUGAACUUCUCGUGUAAACAGCGCAGUGUUCUUGCGAGUUUCUGCUUAUGGGGCACACGGUGGAGCAGCAAGAAGGCGAGGCGAUUGUGCGGAGCCCUAGUCCGAAAGGCGGCCAUUCUUUGGUUGACCUUUCAAGAGGACCUGCGGUCACCCCUGACUGCGGCAAUCGAGCACUGCUGCGGCCAGGAGCUUCUGCGUCUGGACAGCAACAUGUUGGGCCUCAACAAAGACCAGCUGCGACUUGCAGGACAGCUUUGCAAGAUCGUGAGUGCCAAAUCUGUUGGACAGCUUGAUGCCGCGGGCUCAGGGUCCAAUUCCCCAUCGCAGACUGUGCAAGAAAGCUACGAAGCUGAUCCUCAGUCGUCAACCGAUAUCAACCUGUCACGCCAGGCAUGCCCCGGCCUGAAGAUCAUGGCAGAACACGAGUUCGUGGUCCAGUGUCUGGUACGAGUUCUCCUCCACCGCUUCCUCCGAAGGAGGCUCAUGCGACGAUCGACUCUAGCUGGAGUUCUCAUCGUUAAAGAGAGGUCGCCGGACAUCUUGCUCCUGGUGCUUGAAUUGUGCCAGAGCGGGACAGCUGGCGUCUGCUCAGAGGCCAAGAAGCGACAAAGAGGUGACUACAAGGCAAAGGGAGUCCUGAGAAGGCGGGUGAGCCUGCAGCAGAACCUUCCCAACCUAGCCAAGAAGCUCGCGAUUUGGAUCGGACUGUCUGUCAACGCUCGAGGUGCGGAGAGCUCGCGAAGUCAGCUCUUGGAUGUACCGCCAUACGCCUCUGAAGACUCAGCUAUGGGCCUGAUGCUGGAACGUGCGGUGGAAGAUCCUCAAUGGCUGAACGCUGCGAGAAUCUUGCUCCACGUGGGUGCGAGCACCACUGCCACGCUGCACGGUCAACCCCUCUUGAGCUUUGUGCAGGAGCAGGCCGACAACAAGCAACCCGGUUUCAAUGAUCUCCUGGAGCCGUUCCUGCGGCGGCUGGGCCAGGACAUCGACCCAUGGGUGCAGCCAACAGCGUUGUUGGAGGUCCCGGCAGUGGUGGUCUGUGAGAAGGCGGCUCGCUUGUACACAAUCCUGCCGAGCCAG